GAUUUGUUUUUUCUUUCGAUUUUUUGUGUGUUUUUUUUUUAUUUUUACUCUUAAGCCGAUGUUGUGUGUGGUGGUUGCUGCGACGACUGCUACCACGAAAACGAUCGUCACUUCUCAUCGUGGCUGCCGUCGCCGUUCUCAUUCACUGAAACGUAUAAUUUUUUGUGACAAACGUAAAACGAAAAAAAAAAACGAUAUUCAGUUGAACUACAAACUUUGUUAAGCCAGCAAGCGGAUCCAUGCUCAUUGGCGAUCGUGAAUUACUCUCUCUCACUCCAACUGUAUGCGAACGUGUAGUCGAGCCAUCUGAAGCUGUGUUAGACCGUCGGUAGCAAUGCAGCGUGUUAUGGAAACUUUAAAGCUGCGGUACCUCAAUUCCACAUAGUUAUCGCUUAGAUCUAAUCCAAUUAGCACCCACUCAAAAGCUGGAUAAAGUUUUUUUCUUCUUCGCUUACAAAACAAGAAAAGCAAAUUUGACACAUUUGAAUAAUUUGUUUUCAAUUUGCAUAAAUUAUUAUACAAAAAACAAGUUCACACUAUCUCAACAAUAAUAAAAUUGUUGCUGAUUAUUAAAAAAAUUUUUAAAGAAAAGGAAAAAAAACACGUUGCUUUGCGUUGUGUAAUCAUGCUAAAGUAUUGGUGAUAAAUGUAACACUUCCGUUUAACGCCAACGCCGGUUCGCAUUUUUUUGCAUUCGUUAUCAUGUCGUUGUCGUCAUCAUCAUCAUCAUCAGCAUCAUAGAAGACGUGUUCACUACUUAACAACAACAAUAAUAAUAAAUACAACAAUCACCUAAACUCUAAUAACAACAACUGUUGUAAUUGACUAUGUCGGACUUCGUGUUUUGUGAUCGUGCCUAGCGAUAAAUUUCCAUUAUAACCUGUCUGCAAUUAAAAACGAAAAAAAUAAAAGGUAUUAACGAAGUGCAACAACAAAGACAUCAUCAUUCAUAAUUGUUAUAAAAAGCGAACAAAACAGGGAGAUACAAAAGCACAAUGAUUACCAUGAACGAACUGGUGGAUUUGCGUAUGCAACAACACAUUGCCCAUGAAAUCUAUCGCCAACAGAUCAUGCAACGUAUACCAGAUCCCUUUCCACCGAUGAUGCACAUCCCUCUGCCACGACAUGUUAUAAUGCCACCACGAGUUACUCUGCCCGGAGUCGAUGUCCAAUUGCAAAACGACGAAUUAUGGAAACAAUUUCAUCAAAUUGGAACGGAAAUGAUAAUAACGAAAAGUGGAAGACGUAUGUUCCCAUCCAUGCGUUUGUCUUUGUCCGGCCUGGAUGAUGACACCAAUUAUUGUGUUCUCCUGGAGAUGGUACCAAUUGGCGAUUGCCGCUAUAAAUUCUCCGGUUCACAGUGGGUGCCAGCUGGCGGUGCUGAGCCACAGUCGCCACAACGCAUGUACUUGCAUCCGGAUAGCCCGGCCACCGGUUCCCAUUGGCAGGCCCAACCGAUUCUAUUCAAUAAAGUGAAAUUGACGAACAACACUUUGGACAACAGCGGUCAAAUUGUUUUGGCCAGCAUGCAUAAAUAUCAACCUCGUAUCCAUGUUAUACGCACCUCGGAUUUGGCUCAAAUACCGUGGGCGCCACAGCAGGCCUUUGUAUUUCCGGAAACGGAAUUUGUGGCAGUCACAGCCUAUCAGAAUGAUCGCAUUACCAAACUGAAAAUCGAUAAUAAUCCCUUUGCCAAGGGCUUUCGUGAGACUGGUCAAUCGCGUUGCAAGCGUAAAAUGUCUUCAUCACCUACUGCCGAUGAGCAGUUGUUGCGGCAGCAGCAUGAAAUCAUGUCGCCAACGAAAUUAUCAUCGUCGUCUCCACCAACGUCGUCGUCAACAACAAUAGCCUCCUCCUCCUCCUCCUCCUCCUGCCUCUCUUCGGCGACAUCGAAUGCAACAAUCAGUGAGUCGGGAUCAUCAAUUUGUUCGGAUAAACCAGUGACGACGGCAUUCUUUAAUGAUCAUAUCAUUGUGGACAUGGAUGCUGGAACAUCAGCGCAAAUUAAACGAUUACGCUCAAACGAUUUAGCCGCCAUUGCAGCACUGGAGCAUGCUGCGCAUGGAUCAUUGGAUGGUGGUGGUGGUGUCGGUGGUGGUUGCAUUGCACCAUCAGCUUUGGAAACCAGUUCUAACCACAGUAUGUCAUCACCAUUGCCUCUGGAAUAUGUUAACAAUAGUGGCAAUGUUUUUCAACAACAAGCCGCUGCGGCAGCUGUUGCUGCAUUGGCUGCUGGCCAAAAUGGUGUUGGCGGCGACCGAGUUGGUACAAGUUGUAAUGCAACAUCCGUUGCAUUCAUGCAUCAUUUCCAACAAAAUAUGCAGACGUUGUUGCGACCUUCACUGGUCGAUUUAGCAUGUACCUAUUUUGCUCGUCCCCAGCCCAUGUAUCCCCAGCCGCAACAUGCAGCCUAUGUUUCCACACAACAGCAUGAAGCUCUUGUGGCGGCCGGUUUGACAGCCCAGCAUACAUUGCCACCAACAGCACCUGUGCCACCACCACUUCUUCUGCCGCCAUUGCCCCAACAUUUGUCUCUCAAUGCUGGAGGCAGUGACGGUGGUGGUAGUGGAGAAUUGUUGCCAAAUCGUGUUACUGCCAUUAACUCGAAUACCACCUCCGAUUGCAUUACAAACGAUGCCGAUCUUUCUUCAUCCGAUUCAUCAUUAAUACAAGACGAUGUGACGCUACCAACAGCAACAACACCAAUCCCGGUGCCAACAACGUUCGACGCUGUUGCUACUGCCAACAACACCGACUCCACCAUCGCCGCCGGCAGCGAUGGUUGUCCACCGACAAAUGAUGCAUUACCCCAAUCACCGUCAUGCAACAGGGCCCAGCUAAAUCAUCCCAGCCACAACAGCAACAAUGGCAGAAAGCAAGGCUUCAGCAUAUCGGCCAUUUUAGGUGGUGGUAGUUAGUGAGACUUUUAAUUAAGCUGACUUUUUUUUCGUUUCUUAUAACGUGCCAAGUAACAGUGAUCGUCAUGUGGAGUGGAGUUAUCUUAGACAUAAUGCUGGGUGUUAUCGCUAAAAUUGUACGAUUUUUUUUAUUUUAUAUAACUAAUAUGGACCACGCCUUGUUAAUAUGCAAUAAAUUUUGUAAUAAUUUAAUUUCCUAACAAUGGACAAUAAUAAAAAAAUAAUUUUUACCAAAACAAAAAA